CAUCGUGUAGACCAUUUGUGUGAUUUGUGUCACAGUUUGUUGUUGAAUGGAAAAAACAAUAAAUAUCUUAUCUUAAUAAAGCAAAAAACAAUUACAUAUCUGAUUUUCAUAAUAGUUUAGAAAAAGCGAAAUUUAUUUAUAAUAUAUUAAAUAAGUAAGCAUCUUUAUUAGAACAUUCGAUAGCUCAUAGUGAAACUGCAACUACCGGCCAUUACACCGUCCCUACUCGCUCAUCAAAAUGCGAUGUUUUGUACCUAAUUGUGAAAACACGGUAGGAGUGCCGUUUCCCGAAGAUCAGGAGUUAAAGAAUAUUUGGCUGAAAAGUCUGAAUAUUGAAGAUAUUAUACCUGAUGACGAAAGUUUUGUGUGUUUGGAUCACUUCGAAAAUAAUGACGUUGAAGAUGUUGUAAAUGAAGAAAAUUUUCUUGAAAGAAGAUUACUUCCUUCUGCUGUUCCGAAGUUAUGUCCAAUUAAAGAUACUAGCGAAGGAGGAUCUCAUUGUCAAUUAAACAAUGAAAAUCUAGAAUCCCCUCCAAAUGAUUCUGAAUCAUCAAAUUUUUUCAUACCCAUUAACGAAGAAAGUUCUGCACAAUCAGAAGUGGUAGAAAAUGUUUCUGAAGUUGAACCAAAUUUUUCCAAUGCAGAUCCCGAGUUGGAAUUAUCUACUCAAAAUAGUUUCCUAAAUUCUGAGCAAGAUAGCCUUGAACUAGGUACUAACAAUGUAAUAAAUGAAGAGCAAAAUGAAAUCGUAAACACAGUACAAAAACAAGAAGACAUAAAAAGUGUACAAGAGGAAAAUGGAGCUGAAACUGAUAUACAAGAAGUUGUACAUGGGGAACCCCAGCCUCUACCUGUUGAUACAGAGGGUGAUAAACAAAAUCCCUUGUCAACAUUUUAUAAAUAUGAGGAAGCACUUUCAGUAGAAGAUUUUUUGCGGGCCCAAGAGGCUGAGAAUUCAAAUUUACCCAAAGCAAGUGUUGUAGAAAACCAAAACAAAGAUGAUAUUCAGGAGACAGAUUCCCUUGGAAAUAAUGAGUUUUUAUCAGUACAAAGUGAAUUUGAACCUCAGAUUCUCAAUUCUGAUAAAACUGAGUCGAAUCAAGAAUCAGAUCAGAUAUUCUCGUCUGAAGAACAUCCUGUUUUUACAACUGCAAGUGAAUUAUUUGUGGCAGAGGGACAAAAUAUAUUCACAACUGCUGGACAACAAGUUUAUGUUUCGGAAGGACAAACCAUUUUAACUUCAGAAGGCCAACAGGUAUAUGUUACAGAAGGUCAGACAGUUUUUACGACAAAUGGACAACAAGUCUUUGUUUCCGCGGGUCAAACUUUGAUCACACAAGAAGGUCAAACUUUACUCACUGAAGAUGGUCAGCGGGUAUUUUUAGAGGGAGACGGACAAUCAUUCAAUGAACAAGAUAACUUUAUAACCUCCAAUGAUAAUUUUCAGAAUGCUGAUGGAGCACAGCAACCAAAUGUGGUAGAUCAUGGUUCUGGGGAACAGAUAACUGUUGAUCAAGCACAGAUUUCUCAAAACGAGACUAAUAUGGAAAGUCUCAUCCAAAAUAUAAAACAUGAAAAUCAGGUUCAAAAUGUGGCUGAAAAUAUACAACAAAAUUUCAUCAAUCCGAGACAUCUAGUAGUUAAUGAACAAUUAUUAGGUGGAGGAUUUCACGCCGAUUUGGAACAACAUGAAAGUACGGAAACUGAAAAUCAAGGGACACUACCAGCAGCUGUGAUUGUCAAAAAAGAAGUUGAAGACUCACCUAGAAACAUAUUGAUGGAGUGGUUUGUUCCAUCUGGUACUAAUGAAACAACCCAGUCUGGAGCCAAUUUUAGUGGAGUUCUGGGUGCUCAGCAACACACUCAAUUGAUAUCUCAGCAACCCGUGGCGGGGGGAUCUCAAAGAAAUGUGACUGGUGUUUCUUAUCAACGUAUCCCCGCAAAGAGAAGUUUGGAAACGAACGUUGCAAGUACAUCAAGGAAACCGAAUGAACAUGAAACCUUCACAGAUGAAACUUGUAGACUCUGCGGAAUAGCGAAUCAAAAAUUCAUCAACAUUUUAGAUAAUAUUAAAAAUAAUGUGAUGAUUCUUGAAGCCAUUCAGUUGUGUAUUCAUCCUUUAGAGGUCAGCCUUGAAGAUCCAUUUUCCAAGAAAAUUUGCGUCGGUUGUUUCAACAGCCUUCAGAAAUACUACGAAUUUCGUCAGAAAUGUCUGGAAAUGAAUAUUGUACAAGUGAAACAAUACGAAAAGGCUCAUCCCCAUCAUAAAUUGGAAAAAAUUCAGUUCAUCAAUGAUUUCCCCACUAAAAGAUCUCAUAUGAAAACUAUCAUAUCUCCUUCGAAGACAGGUUACAGGCAAACAGAAGUCCUCACAGUCACGAAUUCCUCUAAGGGUUACGGUGCCAAAAAUAUCACCCGUAAAAUAAUACUUACACCAACACCAAUUAAAAAGGAGGAAACCAAGCAAAUAAAGAAGGAGCCAGAUGGAGAUUUUCGAAAAGUCAUCUCGAAGACCAGUAAGUUCGACAAUAUCAAGGUGUACAAUUCUUCAACCCAGAACAGAAUGAAAUCCGCAGCUCAAAAAGCUCCAGGAUUAUCUGUUCUAAGUCCGAAGAAAUUUACAGCGAGUCAAAUUGAAGCACUGGCCAGGCAUCCUCUUUCACCCGAAAAGCAGUUGAAAGUUCAAGAAGAGCUGAAAAAAGUUAUAGAAGGAAAAAUGUCCAAAGAAGAAUUGUCGGUCGAUCAGGUUAUUGUGAGAGUUGUAAGUGAUGACGAAUCAGAUGAUGUUUCACCGCCUAAACGUCGAAGAUUGAAUGUAGUGAAUACUUCCGUCACCAAGACUGGUCAUAGUAAAAUGAGGAUUGGUAAAAGCGAGGUGGUAAUUCCGAAAGGUAUAAGAGUUAGUAUUCCCGAGAGGUUCGAAUCCAGCAAAGGCAUAUUUCCAUGUUUCAAAAAACAAGGCGCUUACGACACAGAAUUUUCCCUUAUUGAUGGUUACUUAUUCGAGCAUCGGCUGUGCAAAGGAAAGGAAAGAAAUCUUAGAUGUUUGUCUGUGAGUUGUCCUGCUAGGGCUGUGCAAAGGAUUCUCGCUCCAGACUUUUUUGAUAAUAAGGCGAAUGUUACCGUACCUCAUACCCAUCAUCCAUUAACCAGUACAGAAAUAAAGAAACAAAUGUUUUAUUAUAUAAUGAAGAAAAAGAUGCAAGCAGAUAGAGGAAUGAAUUUCCGAAAUAUUUAUGAUAAACUUUGUCAAAGAGAUCCGGAAAUAGCAGUAUUAGUACCUUUGAGAAGUCUUAUUAACGAAAUAUGCAAACAUCAGCUGACACAGAAAAUUCCCCACGUGGAAUCUUUCAACGAUUUCUAUAACGUAAUAGAAGACGAUGCUCUCCAGAAGUUCCAAUUCACGUUUACCGGAAAACAAUUUUAUCAGGAGAGGUUUUCCGUAGAAGAAGAAGGGACCAAGGCCGUGGUGUUUGCUAAUGUGGAUACCAUAAAAAACGUAUCCAAUAGUAAACUGAUGUAUGUUGACGCGAGCUUCAGAAUAGAUACUAGCGAGAAUUUUAAUUACCAGUUGGUAACUGUUUUGGUGUGGAUAGAUGAUAGUUACUAUCCAAUAAUGUUUGCAUUAGUGAGCAAAGGAACCAUGGAAAUCUUCAAGAAAAUAUUUGGUUACCUCCAUGACACCUUGGCGCCAAACCUGUGUCCAGACGAGAUUGUGACAGACUACGAAGCCAACAUAUAUUACGCUCUGGGCGAAACUUACCUAGAUUCCCAUAUUGGAGGAUCUGUGUUCUAUUACACUCAAAACUUAUACAAGAAGAUAUGCGAGUUGGGGUUGGCGAAGGAACUGGAGUCACACACUUACUUCAGAAAUAUUUACCACAUGCUCCUUAUGCUACCGCUGCUUCCAGUGAAUACAAUCAUGGACGGAUUGCAAAAUAUCGAAAUACAGGCUAAUGAUCUAAGGAUAGGCUCGACAACGGCUGGACUCUUUGAGCAUAUAAAAGAGCAGUGGAUGGAAAAAGUCACCCCGGAUUUAUUCUGUGUGCACCGAUUAGAGAAUCGCAUAAAUGAAAAUGUGAUUGCUCCUUUCAAAAAACUGCGAGACUUUUUAAUGCUGAACAAGGGGAAAAACCAACGCCAAUCCUUGACAUUAGUGAAUGUAGUCGAAAAGCUGAUUGAACUAGAGAAUUUCCUGCAAACUACGUAUUCAUCAGAAAAUAAGAAAUCAUUCGGUAGAGAUCUAAGUAGUUCACAAAAGAAGAAUGUGCUGAAAGCGUGGCACUAUAUCGAAUCACAUCCGAAGAUUAAUAUCAAUCAUUUCUUCACAAAAGUAAUCGGUUACAUCAAAUGUAUGGAAAAUCAACUCUGGAUUUGGGGUUAUUAUAAAUAUCCAGGAAAGGUAACGGAAGAAUUGAUAAACGCUUCAAAUUUUUCAAUAGUCAACACAAAUGACACAGAAAUGGCUUCGGCAGAAGAUCAAGAUGCUGUACUUGCAGUAGAUCCCAAUGUUUCUUUUGUUACGGCAGGAGCAGAAAAUACUUUAGUUAUGGAAGCAGUAGUAGGACCAUCGGGAGAAUUUGUUUUAUCUAAUCCACACACGAAUCAGGAAACUGGCAGUUCGAUUUUCAAGUAUGUAUAUAAGAAAGAUGCUUGAGUUAAGGAUGAUUGCAUAUUGUUGAAUAGUUAUGAUUUUGAUUAUGGAUACUUUAAUUGACAUGAAUAAAGACAUAUUUUCAAAUA